AAAAGUUCUCAAAUAAAACUCUCCGCAAACUACAUGAAUACACUCACAUGGAAGUAUACAUUUGCGAUGUGUGUAAUAUGAAAUUCAGGCUGAAAUCAGUUUUAAUCAGACAUAUUUUUGAUUUACAUAUGAAGAUAAAUGACGUGUGCAAAGUUUGCAACAAAAUAUUUGCAAACAAGGCGUGCUUAAAGAAACAUCAAAGACUUCACACUGGUGACAAACCAUACAAAUGUAAGGUAUGUGAGAAGAAAUUUGCAAUUGCUUCAUAUUUAAAUGUACACCAAACUGUUCACACUGGUGAAAAACAAUACAAGUGUGAAGAAUGUAACAAACAAUUUAGAGACAAAAAAAGGUUAAACGAACACAAACAAAUCCACAUCGGAGACAAAAGAUACAGCUGUGAUGAAUGCGGCAAACGUUUUAUAAGAAACAGCACUUUAACUGAACACAAAAAAGUUCACACGGGUGAGAAAUUGUAUAAGUGUGAUGAAUGUGACAUGUUAUUUGGAUAUAGGAAAACUUUAAAAAAGCAUAAAAUAAUUCAUGUUAGAGGUGAUAUUUACAGCUGCAAAUUUUGCGACGAGAAAUUUCCCCAAAAAAUACUUUUAAAUAAACAUAAAAAUAAGCACAUCGGAGAGAAACCGUACGGCUGCGAAGAAUGUGACAAGAGAUUUAAAAGAAAGGAUCAAUUAGAUUUGCAUAAAAUAAUGCACAAAGGAGACAAACCAUACACCUGUGACAAGUGUGGUAAGCAAUUUAAACGAAAACCUAAUUUAUAUCAACAUGAAAAAAAUCACGCAGAAAAAUCUCACAGUUGUAAUGAAUGUAACAAGAAAUUCACACACAAGCAUCAAUUAGAUGCUCAUGUAAGAACUCACACUAAAGAAAAACCAUUUAUUUGUGAAAAAUGUGACGCGCGAUUCGCUCAAAAUUAUAUUUUGCAGAAACAUAAACAAAUUCAUUCUGAAAAGAUACCCGUGACUGAGUGAGUGUAAGGAAACUAACUAAAGGGAUUCAUUAUUAUUUCUUUAUUUAUUUGAA